AUGCUUUCCAGGUCCAGCACCUUCUACCUGAUGGCCAUUUCUGUGGCCGACACCCUUGUUCUGAUCUUCAUUGUGGUUCUGGAGCUUUCUGUGAAGUACCACCAGCAGGAGCCUUUUUGGAGCUACGAGCCAUGGUGCAGCCUAAGGGACAUCUUUAACUACGGAGCGUGCAAUGCCUCAACGUGGCUGGUGGUUGUUUUUACAGUGGAGCGUUUCGUUGCCUUACACACAUGGAAAAUGAAAACUAAAAUAUGCACCCUGAGAUGCGCAGCAUUGACUACAGCAGCUGUUUUCCUUUUCAGUCAUCUUUUUGCCAUUCCGUAUUACUGGUCUAAUGCGUCAGUCUACGAGAACAACCAGACCAGAUGUAUUUACAAACCGGAGGCCUCCACUCAGUUCAUUCAUGCUCUGGUUGGCCUUCAAACACUUGAGGCAUACAUUCUCCCCUUCUUCAUCAUUCUAACACUCAACGGGCUGACUCUGCGCCUCAUCUCUCGCAGCAAUCGGGUUCAUAUAACAUCUCAUUUGACUUCUAGGGUCAACAAAGUCAUGCCCCUGCUGCAUUCCAGGAAGAGAAAAUCUGUGGUGCUACUUGUGACUGUGUCCAUGAGUUUUGUGCUGCUGUCCAUCACACGUGCUAUAACUCAGAUCAUCCUCCGCACCACUCACAUGUACAGUUUGGACCGGAAUGAUUACAACCACCGGAUAAAUAUUGCAGCAGACACUGGCACCAUGCUGAGCCUCAGCAAUGCUGCUGCUAACAUGUACCUCUAUGCAUGCACUCAGUCCAAGUUUCGCCAGGAGUUCUUUACUUGUGCCAGACAAGUGUACUUCUACUGCAGGUAA